AAUUUAGGCGAACGUACAAAGAAAAUAAAACGUGUUUAUUUAUACAUUACAUUACAUUACAUUUACAUUUCUCAUUUUAGUGAGUUUUCGGAAAGAAGUUAUGUUACGUUCUGUUCAAAUUAUUUCGUGUUCAGUGUAAUACAAUAUGUCACAACAAUUGGCCAUUACAAACUUUUUCAAAGAGAAAGUGCAUCCAUCUCCAAAUUUCGGGAAAAAUAUGUACACUAUAAAAAGAAAGAAACGAAAUUUAAGUUUAGCUAAAGUUUCAACACCUACUGCAUCCCCGAGCAAAAGAAAAAUUGAAGAUGAUAGAAGUAUACUUAGUGACGAUGACGACUUUUGCACACCUGUUAAAUCAAAGCCUCUGAGUCUCUCGCAGAGUUCUAAUGACAGUGAGAAAACAAUUAUAUAUACCCCAUCGCCGAAAAAAUCCUCGCAGACACCCAAAAAAACCCCAAAGAGUUCUCCAAACCUCGGUUCAACUUCCAAAUCUCAGACUCCGAGUGCCAAAGACAGAUUUUUCUCUCCAACAAAAAAUCGCAGUGUUAAGAAAAGGACGCCUCUAAAGAGCAAAAGAAAUUUGAGCAGUUUGCUUGGAAAUGGAGAUUGUUUAGAAAAGUCUGUGGAAGAAGUAUGCUUUGAAUAUGCAUGUGAAGGCAUGGAUGAUAAGACUAUAUUCCUCUUACAAAUAAUAAACAAAUACCUAAAUGAUAGUACAUUAAAGCCACUCCUAAACAGCAGAGCUCAACAAUUGCUACAAAGUAGCCAGUCAGUGGUAAAGCCAGGUAUGAAGCUAGUGUGCAGACUGUUCUGGCGCAAAGACCAGUGGUUCCGGAGGAAACAGAUCAUGGAGAUUGUCAGCGAAGAUAAGGAACCCUUGGAUGAUCCCAGUCUGCAAGCAAUGAUUCUAUCAUUGACUCAAAGAGCUUGGUUGAAAGAGAGUAGCAACUGUAUGACUUUCAAAGAACUGUCAUUACUCUUCAAAGCUGAAGAACUGAAGUUCAUUUGCAAAGACUUGAAGCUGAAAGGAGGCACAAAGCAAGAGGCAAUUGAUUCAUUGUGGACUUACAGCCGGCGCACAUCGAGUAUUUGUAGCUACUUCACCAACGGCAAGGCUAGUGAUAACAGUGAAAGGGUUUUAAAAAUAAUGAGAGAGAAGGCGGGUUCCUGUUAUAAGUUGUCAGAAGUUGCUAUAAAGACCCUCAACCAGCUGUAUGUGCUCAUGUAUCUAGGCAUGGACUUUAGCCUCAUACGGGACAAGAAGUUUGAAUUGGCACUUAUCUACGAUAAAAUAGGCAGAGAACCUUAUCCUGUGGACCAGGACAUGGAACUUGACAAUGCUAGUGUAGUUUUUGAAACCAAUGACGAAUUUGAAAGGUACAUGACUGCACAUAACGUGUAUGAGGAUUUUCUAGCUGAAACAUGCUCUGAUGAGAAGACUGCCCUAGUCAAACAAGUUUAUCAGGUCUACAGAGCAAUAGACGAUGAAGAAAUGUUACGUUACAAAGCCCUACCAAGCUGGCUUCGGCGGUUUACACCAGCUAAUCUCUACAUCAGAAUUCUAGACUCAGGCAUACAAGAUUUGAAGAAAACCAAAACUGUCGAGUCUUAUGAACUCGCGAUAGAAAUACUGAGCGGCUUGAUAGAGCAGACUGCUUUCCGACAGCAUAAGAAGGCGGGCUGGUACGCGGAGAAGGCGUUGAUUCUUCAUGGCUUACUUGGGAGGUGUGAUGAGGCAGCCGAAGUCCUGAUAGAAGGCUUCAAGUCCAACUUAACCGACGAGGAAAAAGACAUAAUGCGCAACCGAGCCAUCAGGAUAGCGCGGCAGAAGUCUGUAAAGGUUAGCGACCACUUGAAGAAGGGGCUACUGGAACACGCCAGUAAAGACGCUAUACUGGAGAAGAAUAUCGACGCGGAACACAUAUACAAACAACCUAUGGAGAACACUUCAAAAGGCAAGGCAAGGUUUGAAACGAAAACUUCAGAAGGCAGGGUUUUUCAAAGCGUAGAAGAGUACUGUAUUACUCAUUGCAUCAGUACUGGAGAGUUCACUCAUGGCGAGCACUGGGAAGGCCGUAUCGUCACAACAAUGUUCUUCCUCCUAUUCUGGGACAUCAUCUACUCGAAGCCGCGCGGCGUCCGCGGUGUCUUCCUCACGCAUUUCCAAGCGUUCCCGAUGGACCUGUUCUCCGACAGCUUCUACACCAACCGACAGGUGCUCAUCGAUGACAGGCUGCGGCUCAUUGAGAGUUCUACCGAGGAGGAAGUGUUGGAGAUGAUGGAGAAUACUUGGCGAGACAGGCCUGAAGGCGAGAUCUCCGGCAUCAACCUUGCUGCUGGCUGGGAGCACGUGAGCGCGGUGGCGGCGUGCCUCGGGCCGCGCGCGCUGGCCGCGCUGGCGGCGCGCCUGGCGCGGCACUACCGCCACGCGCGGAGCGGCUUCCCCGACGUUACCCUAUGGAACGUCUAUACCAAACAGAUAAAGUUCGUAGAAGUAAAGAGCGACUCGGACCACCCGUCGAUGAAGCAGAUCCAGUGGAUGAACUACCUGCGCGAGCACGGCAUCCGCACCGGGCUCUGUUACGUCGGCGCCAACACCACCCGGCAACGCGCCAGGGCGGGGAAGAAAUCGCCUUAAACACUGCAAUAGGGUUGGCAACUGUCAAAGGUUUGCAUAGAUGGCGCCAUCAUAGCUUGCCCCUUUUUUAUGUGAUUUGGCUUAAAGGGAUGGCAUCCAAAGCUAAUGAUUUUUGUUUUUAAUAAAAUCAAAAAUUUGACAUAAUUCUAGGAAUUGACAGCGCAAGUUAUGCUGACGCCAUCUGCUAAAUAUUUCGACUGGCCAACCCCAUUAUAGGAUUACUGCGACGAUUGGUUUUAGUAUACUGCGGUGCGGUUGAAGGUUUUGUGUUCGAAUGAUAUAUACUAAGUAAAAAUUAAACUUAAAACUAAAAAUUCACUGCACGAAGUGCACGGCUAUCUUAACAACCGUCUGAGCUAAGACUCCUGUACACCAUGGCCCAAUGUAGGCCAGUCCAGGGGACUCAUUUAUGUGUUAGAGGGAGCAAGUAAUAUUGCUAUCUCAUUCCACUGCAUAGCCGCGUCUUAGACUGGCCGCCUACGCUGGGCCAUGGUGUACAGGAGCCAUUAAGUGUAAAACUAUUUGUAAUUAGUCUUAAGUUCAAUUUUAUUAUUUACAGUCCUAUCAUACUGUAUAAAUCAGAAAGAGACGACUAGUCCUUGUCGGGUGUGACAUUUGUCGCGGUGCCACUUUUAGAUAGGCUGGCUUUACGUUAGAAAACUGGUGUACAGGCAAGGGCCUGACACUCUUUGAUAGAUAAAGAUAGUCUUAUUGCGAUUCCCAUAAGAGGAAAGAGAAAAUAGUGGCAUGCUUUUUGACCUUAUCACAUGGCGAAAUACCGAAAUUUAUAAGAGUGAAAGAAAAAAUCCUAUGCUGCCCAAAUUUUAUAUGAAUAUUCUUUCUCUUACCCCCGGUCGCUCGGUGGCGCGUCUAUAACUACUUUUAUAUACUAUGUCUAUGUGUACAGGUGAAAUUUGUUAUUGUUGUCUUGGUUACCACCACUGUCGAAUGAGUUAUAAUAUUAUUUAUGACCUCCACUGGAAUCUGACCUUUAGCAGUACAUAAUGUUGUAUAUGUCACUUUGUAAAUUUUUCAACUAAUUCGAUUCUUUUAUUUUCAUUAUUAUCAUUACAAGAACCACCAUCACUUUGGAAUUGAUUACUUAUAAUUCUAAAAUGGUAACUGCCUUUGGUUCUGUAAACACAUUGUAACCGUGAAAGCUUUUACUAUAAAGUAAAUUGUAUUUUGGGACCUUUCUAUAUGGGUGAGAAUCCCGGCCAACUUUAAAAUGACAUGAAUCAUGAUAGUCAAAAAGCAUAAUUCGAUAAUAAGACCCCCUAAUCACCAAAUCAUUAUUUACCCAUUACUGCAUUUA